AUGUUAAUAUUUAAAAUAUUGAUUUAUUUAUUAGUUUCGAAAUCGGAUGGAUGCAAAAUAACUGGGAUUUUAUACACACCUAAGUCUUUUCCUGCAAAUAAUGUGGUUGUAUCAUUCAAAAACAGUCAAACGAUUAGUAAUAAAAAAGGAGAAUUUGAAUUGGAAAUAGAUUCAAAUGAAGUAUAAGGAUAGCUAAGUUUGAACAUUGCAAAUUAAUUCACAAUGUAAAUUGAAAUAAAUAGAGAUGAUUGCCCUGUAAAUUUAGGAAGAAUAUUAUUGGACAAUAACGAAAGUGUGAAAACAAGUAUUUAAGGUUGUGUGAUAUAAAGUGAUAAUUUAUUACCAGUUUCUGAUACUACAAUAAGCAUAGUUUAUGAUUAGCCCACUCUUUUGGAUAUAUAAGAAAUUAAAACUGGGUAGGAUGGUUGUUUUUUAGCAAAAAACAAGUUAAUGAAAUUGUUGAUAUAUCAAGCCUCAAUAUCAAUCAAUUUAUAGGGUUACUUUAAAUAAUAACAAAUUGUUUAAUUAUAUGACUCAUAUAAUGCAGACCUUGGAUAGAUUUUCAUGAAACCGAAUUACUAUCUUGUAAAUUUGUAAGUUAAUAUCAACAGAAAUUGCUAAGAAAAUUAGACAUAAAUUCAGAAUUCAAAUGUAGUAUAGAUUUCAUUUUCAUGUGGAACUGAAUACAAAGAUUAAUUUAUGACGUAGAAGGAUGUUAAUGUGAUUUAACUAGAUAAGGCAUUUAAAGAAGGAUUUGAGUACUCUUGUGGUAUUAUGAUAAUGAACCCUAACUGUGGGAUACUAUAUUCUGUAUUCAAAGUGAAAGAGAAGUCUAAUAUAACAACUGAUUUCAACUUUAGCCCUUAAGUGAUAAAGAAGAAGGCCUUAUCGAGUACUAAAUUCACUGGGAGAGUGUUGGAAAUGCAAGGUCUAUAAUGCACAGAUAAGUAGGAAAAUGCAAUCGAGAGUGUAAAGAUAUUAUAUUAUAUCGAAUUCACAGCGAAAUAAUUAAUUAAUUCCACAUUAAGUGAUGGAGAAGGUUACUUCACAUUGUAUGCUGAAAACCCAUUGAUUAAUGGUUAGUUUAAUGGAAUAUUUAUUUUUUAGAAGGAGGGAUAUUUGCCGAAUGAAGUAGACAUCACUUAUAAUACCAUGAAUAAGGAUUAGGAAUAUCCAAUUGGAACAAUACAACUGAUAAAUAUGAGUGGAUUAACGGAAUGUUGA